AUGAACGAAGAUGCUAUAAAAAUUUUGAAUAAAUGUUCUGGUGAAAAGAAAAAAGGGGAAGACCUGAAUUCUUGUAAUUUACUGGAGUAUUACAAAACAAAAUAUUCAUCCAUAGAUAUUGAGAAAGCAAAGUUAAUAUUGAAAGAACAAUUUUUGAUACCUGACUUUAGAGAAAAACAAUUAGAAUGUUUAAAUUCGAUUAAGAGGUUUGAACAUGUAUUAAAUAUUAUGCCGACAGGUGGUGGGAAAUCCUUAAUUUAUCAAUUAAUUCCUUUAAUUAUAGAUGGUAUAAGUAUUGUAAUAAGCCCAUUAAUUUCUUUAAUACAAGACCAAAUAGUAUCCUUAAGAAAUAAAAAAAUAGUAGCAGAAACUAUUAAUAGUUCUUUAAAUAAAAAAGAAAAUGAAAGAAUAUUAGAUAUUUUAAAAAGUCAAGAUUUGGGAAAUUUGAAGGUUUUAUAUAUUACACCAGAAACUGCAACAAGUGGAUAUUUUAUAGAUAUAUUAUAUGAACUUUAUAUAAAUAAAAGAAUUUCUCUUAUUUCUAUUGACGAAGUACAUUGUAUAAGUACAUGGGGUUCUGAUUUUAGAAAAUCAUAUAGAAAUUUAAAUAAGAUUCUGGAUAUCUGUCCUUAUGUAAGAACUUAUUGUUGUACUGCCACAGCAACGAAAUUUGUAGAAAAGGAUAUCAUAAGAAACUUAAAUUUUUAUAUAUUUAAUAAAGAUUGUGAUAACAAUAUAAUUAGUAAUAAUAUAAAUAAUAAUAAUAAUAAUAUAAAUAAUAAUAUCAAAUAUGAUGAUCAUAAUAAUAAUUGUAAAGUACUUAAUAUUGUUAGAACCUCAUUCAACAGACCAAAUUUAAAAUAUAUUAUUAUUUAUAGCGAUUUAAUUAAAGAUGAGAAAAAAAAUAGUGUGUGUGAUAUUAUAAAUGAAAAACGAAAUAAAGGAAAAAUUGGUAUCAUAUAUUGUUUUAAAAGAAAUACAUGUGAUGAAAUUUCUAAAUAUCUAAGAGAAAAAGGUAUACAAGCUUUAAGUUAUCAUGCUGGAUUAACAAAUAAUACAAGAAAAAGAAUACAACAGAAAUGGAUUUCUGGGAAGACCAAUAUUUUAGUAGCUACCAUUGCAUUUGGUAUGGGUAUAGAUAGAAAAGAUGUAUCAUUUAUUAUACAUUAUAACUUACCAAAAAGUAUAGAAAAUUAUUAUCAAGAAUCAGGAAGAUGUGGAAGAAGUGGACAUAUAUCUUUUUGUUAUUUGUUUUAUUCAAAAGAAGAUGUAGAGAAAUUGUCAUAUAUAAUUAAAACAAGUUUUUCUCAUUUAGAUAUGCAUGAUGCAAAUAUAGAAAAAAAAUAUGAAAAAGAAAUUUAUAAUUUAGAAUGUGUUCACAACUUAUGUAUAAAUGAAAAAUGUAUACGUUCUCAAAUUUUGUCUUAUUUUGGAGAAACGUAUCCAAAUCAAAAUUUACAAACAAAUAAUACUUCUGACCAUAGUAAAGAAACUUAUAAAAAUCAAACACAUGCCGAGAAAUACAACUUUGAUACUGCUAAUAUGUAUCAUACGUCUGAUCAAAAAAAAGAUAAUUUGCCAGAUGAACAUUUCUGUUGCUCAUUUUGUUAUGACACUAAAGGUUCAAGGAUUAAAAUUCAAAAAGUAAUAAACUUAUAUGAGAAUAAAAAAGGAAAUAAUAUAUCACAAUUUUAUAGUAAGGGUGAGACACAUGAAUAUAAUUAUUUAUAUACGAAUAAUGGGAAACAUAAAUUAUAUGAUGAUGACACAUAUGAUAGCCCCUCGGGCGAAGAACCGCGGGAAAAGAGAAGCACAAAUUAUUAUAAUAAAUAUGAUGAUAGAUAUGGUGAUAGAAAAUUUCAGGAGGGAAUAUAUAAAUUAAAUAAUAAAAAAAUUAAAGGAAAUAUACCUUUUCAGAGUGCAUCUUCUAUUAUUCCUAAACAAAUUCGAGAUAAAGGAAUUAUUGAAGUAAUGAAAGAAUUAGAAAAAAGAGAAGAAGAAUUAAAUGAAAAGACAAAAAAUGAUCAGGAAAAACAUAAAGUAAAUAAAAUGAAUUUACUCAAAAGUAAUUCUAUGAAUGUAAAGAGGAAGCAUGUGUUUUCUUCAUUUAAAAUUCCAAGGAAAAUUUGA